AUGGGCUCUGCAGACCUUGCGCCCCCGUUCCCCGACGACGUGCCCACGGCGCCGCUGCUCCGACGAGCUGCCCAACCGGCUGGGCGAGCUGCAGACUCCCGCCCGGGGCCGGCUCGGCCUGGCGCCACGUCCGGCCGCAGCCGGGCCACGCCGUCAUCAACCUCGGCGGCGCCCUCCCGCUUUGCCACCUUCACAUUACGUGAUGAGCGUGUCAAGUAUUUACUGAGCCGAGGCAAAAUACGCCGGCCAACCGAUUAA